UGGCCACGCCUCUUCCGGCUCGCCUCACUGUCUGGCCUUCCGCGUGUGCGAGAACUCGCGCGUGGUUGCGGCGUUAGCUCCUGGGCUUGGCGGCCACGCGGGCGAUAUGGAGUCGGAGGUGUUGCCGAGUGCGAGGUGGCUGUAUUGUGGGGAGCCCGACGAGAGCCAGAGGGCUGUACUGGUCCAGUUCUCUAAUGGGAAGCUGCAGAAUCCAGGCAACAUGCGCUUUGCCUUGUACAAGAGCAACAACUGCACAAACCCCAGGAAGAGGAGUCAGCGGAUUCUGGCAGCUGAAACAGACAGACUUUCCUAUGUGGGAAACAAUUUUGGGACUGGAGGCCUCAAAUGUAACACUCUGUGCAGGCAUUUUGUGGGAAUUUUAAACAAGACCUCUGGCCAAAUGGAAGUAUAUGAUGCUGAAUUGUUCAACUUGCAACCACUAUUUUCAGAUCAAUCAGUUGAGAGUGAACUGACACUAGAAAGUCAGACCAAAACAUACAGAGAAAAGAUGGAUUCUUGUAUUGAAGCCUUUGGUACCACCAAACAGAAGCGAGCUCUGAACUCUAGGAGAAUGAACAAAGUUGGGGGUGAAUCUUUGAGUCAUGCAGUAGCUAAGGCUGCAGAGAAUAUUAUUGAUAAGAAAGGCGUGACUGCUCUGGUCAAUGGUGCCAUCCAAAGUGACUUGCAAGAUGACUCCCUCUACCUUCCUCCCUGCUAUGCUGAUGGAGCCAAGCCUGAAGACGUGUAUAAAUUUGAAGAUCUUCUUUCCCCUGUGGAGUAUGAGGCUCUUUGGAGCCCCUCUGAAGCUUUCAGGAACGUCACAUCAGAAGAAAUACUGAAAAUGAUUGAAGAGAACAGCCACUGCUCUUUUGUCAUAGAAGCCUUGAAGUCUUUGCCAUCAAAUGAAGAGAGCCGAGACCGCCAGGCCCGAUGCAUAUGGUUUCUGGACACCCUCAUCAAAUUUCGAGCUCAGAGAGUAGUUACACGGAAAAGUGCCCUGGGACCUGGAGUUCCACACAUCAUCAACACCAAACUGCUGAAGCACUUCACCUGCUUGACUUAUAACAAUGGCAGGUUACGGAACUUAAUUUCGAAUUCUAUGAGAGCGAAGAUUACUGCAUAUGUGAUCAUACUAGCCUUGCACAUAAACAACUUCCAGAUUGACCUGACAGUGUUACAGAAAGACUUGAAGCUCAGUGAGAAAAGGAUGAUUGAGAUGGCAAAAGCCAUGAGGCUGAAGAUCUCCAAAAGAAGGGUGUCUCUGGCCACCGGCCAGGAAGAGGAUCACAAACUGGGCACUCUGUCCAUCCCACUGCCUCCAGCCCAGACCUCAGACCGCCAGUCAAAACGGAGGAGACUUACCUAGAUUAGAUGUCAGUUUUCCAGACAGCACAUUUUGGCCACAUCAUAGCUGCUGGUUCUAUUCAUUUCCAUGUUUAUUUUUUUAAAGGGAAAAAAAGAAGCCUUGUUUUGGCACAGGUAUGAAGCCAGAAGCCUGCAUCCCCGUUGUGCUUGUCUUAUACAGAAAUAUAAAGUGACAGACAGAGUAGA